AUGACUAUUGAUCUAACCAAACCAGGCAAUAGUAUUACUACUAUCACCAACAACUUAUUAUCUACUACUAACACUAAUACCAUCACGACAUCAUCGUCACCAUCUUCAUCUUCAUCUUCAUCUACAACAGCAGCAAACGAUCAUGAUACAUCCAAAAAUAGUUCCACCUUAUCUAAUCCCUCCGUUUCUAAAUCAAAUAGUAAUGAUGAAGAUCCUUCUGAUCUCAGUUCAGCCGACGAUAACAAAGAUACAAAUGAAAAUAGCAAUGAUAGGAAGAAUAAUCUUCACAAUAGGAAUCAAAGAACUAGCAUAUAUACCAUGACACCAUUCAAUAAAAGAAGGAAAAGUAAAAUUUCCGCCCAACAUUUCAAUACAGUAUAUCAUCAAUAUAAUAAGUGUUUUCAAAACUAUUAUCAUUGUUAUCAAUAUUUAAAACCAAACUGUACUUUCAACUCAAAUAUCAAACCAUCAGUUAAUCAUUGGCAACUUCGUGAUUUAGUUAAAUUUAAUGCAGUAUCAAAUCAAGUAUACUACACUAAAGACGAUUCAAUCUAUAAAUAUCAAGUUGAUGAUUAUUCUAUUGAUAAAUAUAUCAAGUUAAAUUAUUACCCUCGAUGUUUUGAUCAUUCUCAAAAUUAUACUGUUACUGGCGGUUUAUUAACAACUGCGUCCAAAUUAUUUUCCUUGAAUUUAUCCAAUUUAACAUAUGAUAAUUGUCUGGAUUCAUCAUCAUCAUCAUCUUCUUCUUUUGCUUCUACUAGUAGAAGAAUUUCCAAGGGGUUAUUUUCAUUUUAUAACCCAGAAUUAGAUAAACUAACUACCGUGAAACUUGGAGAAAUGAUUAAUAACGAUGUUACAUUAUAUAAGUCAACUAAUAAUUCAUUCCAAUCCUAUAUUUGUAACAACGAUACCUUUUUGUAUUGUGUUGAUAUCAAUAAUUCUGAUUUGAGGUGUUUUAACAAAAUUAAUUGUGAAUCAAAUACUUGUUUAAACAAUGUUAUUAAAAAUCCUAAAUCUGAUAAAAUAUUAGCCGCCACUGGUGAUUCUAGUCUGAUUUUCUUAAUUGAUCCAAGUUCAAAAAAUUCUAUCAUUAAAACUAUAAAUUCUGGACAUGAUUCUGGUGGAUUUGGUGUUGAUUAUCAUGCAAAUGGUUUAUUAUUUUCCACGGUUUUCCAAGAUGGAAUUUGUCAAAUCUAUGAUAUUAGAAAUUUAUCACAAAAAUUAAUUGAAAUUAAAUCAACUAGACCAGGACAUCAAUCAGGGGCAUUCAGAGUAGUCAAAUUCUCCCCAGAAAACGAUUUGAAUGAUUUAUUGAUUAUUUCUGAACAUGUUGGUAGGGUUCAUUUGAUUGAUUUAAGAAAUUUGAAUUAUGAUAAUGUUGAUGAUCAUCAGGUUGUUGUCAUUCCUUCUGCAUUAACCAAAUUUGCCGAAUUUAAAAAGAAUGUUUAUGAAGAUCAACAACAACUGGGAAAACCUAUUAAUAUUUACAAUACAAAUAGCAACAACGUUGAUUCUAUAAUGCAUGAUGGUGAAGAAGCAGAAGAAGAAGAAGAAGAAGAAGAAGAAUAUGAUGUUGACAAUGAGUUAUCCUUCACUGCACCAUUAGUUUAUGAUUAUGACUAUUUAGCAAAUAUUCAACCUAAAUUAUUUAAAGAUUUUAAUUAUUUACCACCAAUUAUCCUUCCUAAAAAAAGACAAUUGCAACAACAGCUAACUCGUUCCCGUCCAACAUUAAAUACUCCUCAAUGGCAUGACAAUAAUUCUGGCUCUUCAAAUUUUACAGAACAAGAACAACAACAGGAAGUUUCUCCGAGAUCAUCUGCUAGACCAUCAUUUGAUUUUGAUAGUCAAUUGAAUGACAUCUAUAUGGAAUAUGGUGGAAAUGAGUUUCGUCAUAAUCAACAUCCACAGUCACCACCUGAACAAGCUACUAGUAUUACAGCUAGUUCAUCUUACAUGUAUUCUACAUAUUGUGAUGAUCUGUAUCAACAAUCGACUAAUCAUUUUAAUGGAGAAAUGGAAUUACUGGGUAUUGAAUUCAUGAGUAAUGAAAUGAAUUCAAAGAUUCUUAUUGGAUGUCAAGAUUCAGGAAUGUUAAUGUGGGAUAUUAAUGGAGUUUCAAGAAGAAGUGCUGGUAGCUUUGAAUUUGUUUAA